AUGCCCUUUCUAUUUCAACUGAUCUACAGAAAGCUAGCCAUUCAAGCAAACAGCAACACUGAUACCAACCAACGUGAGGAUGACUCAGACGAUGGCGAGGAUCCGAUUCCAGCAGCACAUGUAGAAACCGAUGCGAUUGGCGAUGAUUUGAAUGAUGUUUUGCCCUUUGAUUGUAAUCAACGAGCUUACAUGGUUGCAAAAACCAUUUGCUCCAUGGUGGCAUUUGUGAAAAACCGUAGAAAUAAUGGACAUCAGCUCGCGAACUCCCUGACUUUCCUUGCAUGUGGGGUCACCAACCGGGUGAACCUAUUCCUAAACUAUGUGGGACUCUCUUCCUCUCGAAAAACCGCUCAUCAUGCACUCAAUAAGCUUAGCCGCCGAUCUAGCCUUCGGAUCUCUACCAAGAUUGGGAAACUACUUGCGCCGACUUUGGGAUCUUUUCUAUGUUUCGAUAACCUUGAUUUUGAACAGAGGGUCCAUACCAAAUCUGUUGGCCACUCUAGUAGGAUGUUUCAUGGUACCUGGGGCUACGUCCACCACCCUAGCCCAAAACUUGUGUCGUCGGUAUCGUCCUCUGAUCUCACCAUUGAAAGCUAUCACCAGGCAAUGUUGAAUGUAGAAAGUGUAGAUGUCCACUCCAGAAUGUUAUUACCAACAGCUAAAGAAGAAGUGCAGUGGGAGCUUGUCCUCAAGAGCCAGAUUACUUCAGCCCUUCUCGAACAUCUAGCCAUUCCAGCUGAAUCCUAUGUUUCAAUCAAUACUAAGCCACCUGUUGUCGACCAAAUAUCAAGUGAGAGACCCGACAUAACAAUGUUAAAACUCAUGAUUGCUGCAGACAACUCAGCACAAGGAGCUGGCGAGGUUUUCCAGGCUAUUGUCAAUCAGUCAAAUUUGACUAUGUCUGAUUUCGCCUCUCGAAUUCAACUUAUUGAUGGUGACCUUGCUACCUGUUCGAAUCUCACGACUUUACGAACGCAACGAACACCAAGCAAGCACAAAGAAGAGAGUCUGAUGAAUGUUUUAACAAUGUUGGGUGGUGCGCAUACGUUGUGGAAUAUCAGUCAGGCUAUCUACUCGAAGCACGUGGGAGAUAAAUCAGACUCUCGUGACGCAGGCGCAUGGCGAUUUCUUGAUGGCUUGGGUAUACCAUCAAACAAUAUGCUAGACAAAAAAGACUUCACACUCAUGAUUAGAAAUAUUGAAAAGAUUCAGAGAGCAACCUUGGUAUAUUGUCUCAUGCUGGUGAUGGGAAUUCAAGAUAAACAUCUCACCAAGGAGCUUCCAAAAAUUUCCAGUCUGAGAAUCAAACAAAUAGUCGAUGAAACUUACGAGCGAUUCUUCUCCAUUGAGGCUAAACGCAAUGCCACGAUUCACACCUCGCCGAAGCUAUCAAAUUUGCUUUUGAGACUGUCCGAUUUCGCAACAGUUGUGGAGGGGAAUUCAGCAAUGAAAUCAGGAGAUAUUGGACGGCUCAUGAACGUAUGGAAGCGAUGCUCCUAG